CUUUAGCAUUUGGAGGAAGAGAGCCCGCAUCCAUAAAACUUCCGUCUUCAGUGGCAAUGCAUUUCUAUCAUAAUUCCACAAAAAUAACAUGAAUUAAGAGCACCGAAAUUUGAAAUGGGAAAUUGUUGCUCUGGCUGCCUAGGACGAAACAGAAAGAACUUCUUUCGAUCAAGAUACACUGUUGAUACUGAAAUGGGUAUUGAGUUUCAGAAUUUGAUGGACGAAGAAGCAAGUGCAACUGAAAUAAACAGAACUAUUUCUGACCAUGAACGAGAAGUACUGAAAAGUGGUUUAUAUGAGCAAUUAGUGCAUGAACAGAAAAAGAUAGAUGCAGAAAUAGAUGCUCAGUUUUUUUUUUAUUGUGGCCAGAACAGCUGAGUGGCAUAGAAAUGUUUGUUGUGUACUGUAUAAUGGACGUUGUGAUUUGGUUUGGGACAUGCUGAUGCUCUGCAACUGCCAAAAUGAACAGAAAAAAAGAAAAACCAUAUUACUGCAUUUCCCUCAAGGGCUUCCUGUAAAAGUGUAUGGCUGUUGUAACAGAUUGAUGCCUGGAGAAUAUUACUUGCCAAAGAUUAUCCAACACAGUUUUUAUUCUGUUGUUUGCCUAUUGUAAUCAUUAGUCAAAAGUGCAAUUUUUAUUUAGUAUCUUUGUAGGGAUUUGGGAAAUCAAUCAAAUGGUAUGUACAUUACUGGGAAUGGGAGUUCAUGAAUUAAAACUUAUUAGUUUGUACUAAUACUUGCUUUCUUUAUCAGUCUUUUAUGUUCUUUUAAUGAGGUUAAUCAUGUAGCUUUGCAAAUGCCAACUGCCAUUGUUUAUACAAGUGCACAAUCCACCAAAGAUGCAGCCUUAAUUUUCACUGUAGUACAUUUUACCAAAUGAAAUGAAGCUAGAGAUUUUAAUAUUUUUAUCAAUUAAUCACAUUAACGUCUAGCUAUUCAUUUUAACACUAGGGGGAAAGCUUGGAGAGUUUACUAAGGCAUUCAAUUUUUUUAAGUGCCUCUUUUCCAU